AUGGCCGACACUGCCCUUUGCACUCCCAUGUAUUUCUUUCUCAGGAACUUGUCCUUCCUGGAGAUCUUUUACACCUUGGUAACCCUGCCCAAGAUACUGGCCAACCCCCUCUCAGAGGAUAAAACCAUCUCCUUCCUCAGCUGUUUUACACAGACAUAUUUCCUCCUCUUCCUAAGGGGGCUGGAGUGUCACCUCCUUGCUCUGAUGGCCUAUGAUCGAUAUGUUACUAUAUGCCACCCACUGCCUUACCCAGUCCUUAUGAACAGGAGGGCCUAUGUGGGGCUUGCGGCUGCUUCCUGGGUCACCAGCCUCCUGGUGUUAAUGGGUCACAUUGCGAACAUAUUCACCUUACCCUUCCGCAGCUCUAAUGAAAUCACCCAUUUCUUAUGUGAUGUUCCCCCAGUGAUGGAAAUGGCCUACGAGGACACCCAUAGGACUGAAAUCACAAUUCUCUUGUUUGCCCUCUUCUCUGUCCUGCUGCCGUUCAUGCUCAUCCUUGUGUCCUACGCUCGUAUCAUCUCGACCAUCCUGAAGAUGCCAUCAACUGAGGGUGGGCAGAAAACUUUCUCCAGCUUCUCUUCACACUUAUUGGAGGUGACUCUUUUCUAUGGGACGGACUGCACCAUGUACAUGAAAGCCAGAUUAAGCCACUCACCAAAUGAUGAAAAACUUAUUGCUCUGGUGUGGAGCACCGUGACCCUAUGCUAA